AUGGAGAGGAGGACCGGCAUGCACACAACAGAUUAUGCGCUUCAGGACAGGAUGAAGUUCCUGAAUGGUGCCUCCAGGGCAGACAGCGUUAGUUUGUUUACACACCGCAGAAAACGCACAAACUUCACACAGCAGCAGAUUGACGUGCUGGAGAAAGUUUACCAGGACACCAAAUACCCUGAUAUUUAUUUACGAGAGAAACUUGAGGCACUCACCGGCUUGCCAGAAUCGAGAAUUCAGGUUUGGUUCCAGAACCGAAGGGCAAAGUCUCGGCGCCAGGUGGGAGUUCCAAUCCCAAACAAGACCAGCGGAAAUGUCCUGACCCCCAACAAUCUCUUUAUGCACCAGUUUACCACACAUCAGAACCACAGCGGCCUGGAGAACUUACAAAGGUCAACAUUUACAGCAGACAACUUCCAUCAGCAGCUCAUCAACUCUGCAGAGGAGAAAAUCAGCACCAUUAAAGGUGACAUAUACGACCCAACCACCAUCCCAUGCAUGUUCAGCAGAACCCAGGAGAACCCCAUCAAAACUGAUCACCUGAGUGUGGUGGUCCCGCGCAGUUACACACAGCAGUUCCCGAAGGAACACGAACAGUUCACACAUCUAGCAAACCACGCUAAAUCAACAAUGAAGCAGUUUUUGGUGGAGUACGACAACUUCCCUCCUAACAAGACCAUCGGGCCGGAGAUGAAGGUGGUCAUUCCUCCUCUGCCAUCUCAGAGUAACUUCAUGAUGUCUUCAUCAUCCCCUAAACACAUCACCUGUUCUGUACAAAACAUCCCGGUGAAGACACAACCAGAGCUUUUUGCUACUUUUUCUCCAAUCAGAGCAAGCGAAGCCGUUGAGUUCUCCGAUUCCGACUCUGAUUGGGAAAUAGACGCCAUGUCUGGUUUUAAUGGGUUCAUUUAAUCUUUGAGGAAAAAACAAGUUAAACAGAUUGAUUCA